AUGGAUGCUGCAGGGUUGAAGUUGAAGUCUGCUAAGGACUCGCUGGUGUCAGCGUUGUUCGAGUUGUCCAAGUCCGCUAACAAUACUGCUUCUGCCAUUGUUGAUUUCUACAAUACCAUUGGCGAGGAUGAUGAAGAGAGGCUAGAGGCGUUCACCACGCUGACCGAGUCUUUGCAGACCCUGACGUCUGCGUCGAACCAGCUGCAUGGUAUAAGCUCUGAUCUUGUCAACCCCAUGGACGAGGAUGCGUCCUCUUUGCUGAUGGGCAAAGGUAAGAAGUCCAAGUCCGGCGACGAUGAUGCCGAUGGUGCCGACGACCAGCCACCUCAGAAGAAGAAGCCCGUCCGUGACCCUAACGCCCCAAAGAAGCCGUUGACCGUCUUCUUUGCGUACUCUGCGUAUGUGCGCCAGGAGCUGCGUGACGCUAGAGCACAAGCCGGCUUGCCCCCUCUGUCAUCCACCGAGAUCACCCAGGAGAUCUCCAAGAAGUGGAAGAACCUCAGCGACGAGGAGAAGGAGAAGUGGAAGCAGGCCUAUAACGUCGAGCUCGAGAACUACCAGGUCGAGAAGCAAAAGUACUUGGAGGCCAAGAAGAACGGCACUCUGCCUGAGUUCAUGGACCCAAGCACCAACCACGCCCCAGUGCCAUUGCCCGCCAACUUGCAAAAGAGAUCAAUCGAUGAGAUCUACGGCGGUAGCGAUGGCCACAAGGUCUCCAGCAGCGGUAACGGUGAGAACACCGGCUCCAGCGAAAAGAAGAAGAAGAAGAAGAAGAAGGAUAAGAAGAAGGAUAAGAACAGAGACGCCAACAGAGACAAUAACUAA